AGUCGAAGUUCUUUGCUUUUGGAAACUCUAGGGAAGGUGAACUUUCUACUGCAUAUUUCAAUUUUUCUUUGUGAAUAGCACAAACCUUGAGGGGUGAAAUUCACAUCCGAAUACGAGAAGAAUUAAUCAGCUAAGUGGAAAACAUAGGAAAAAAAUACGCUUUUGAGCAAAAUGCUGUUUUAUUCAGAAUCGCAAAUGUGCUGAAGACUCAACUCUGUUGGGAUUGUACUACAGAACAAGAUAUAAAUUCUCUGGGACCAUGGUUUCAACUCGACAGUCCAGCAAUGUUGGGGGUGGUGGGGAAAAUACAGCUGUUGUUUCUGAGGCAGGUCCCUCGAGAACUUUACGCCACAAUAAUGCCCCAGCUCCUUCCUUACCAGAAUCGAGCACAUCAUCACACGUUGCAGAAGUUUUGCCUACACAAGCCAUAAACUUGAUGGAUCUGCCACCAGAAAUUAUGCUGAAGAUUCUGGGAAGCCUAUCAUACAGAACUAUUGCUUAUUUACGUCCGGUUUGUCGUAAAAUGGAUGGGAUCUGUUGCACCAUCCUGAACUCAACUUUCCAGCGUCUCCAGGCUCAAAUGUUGCAGCGGUUCCAGGGUAUCAAAGCUAAGAUGCCACGCCGUGAAUCUGCCAGGCGCAACCACCCGCUGGCCUGCGAAUCCGACAUCGUAGAGACACUCCACAUGCGGCUCACACUAUUACAGAUGACGUUUGGCAAGCACAUCGAACGCAAGCAUUGCUGCUUCUUCGCAGGAGAGAUCCUGGAUGAGGUGUUUCGAAUUCUUCACUACAUCAAAGUGACACAGAAGUUGUCGCGCCCAUACAAAGUGACCGACGAGCUAUUUGACCUGUCCACCAUGGCAAUGGAAUACUUCAAGGAACACAUUGAGCCCACGUUACCAGAGAUUGCAUAUUUUAGUACCGACUUCUUGGACUUCACUGGAACGUUUGCAACGUCCUCCACCCCAAAACCAUAUCUGAGCCUGGAUUCUCCAUCUCGCACUAGCACCAACAAGGGAGACGAGUCGCCGAACCUUGCUAAUGACAUUGAGGAACAAGCACCAGAACCCUUACCCCAGUCAAACAUGGUGCUACGGAAGCGCAUUCGCAAGAUAAAGCAAGGAAUGAAAAGAUAUAACAACCAACUAACGCUUAUGCGCCGUGACCUGCGAAAUUGCAAGGGAAAGAUUGCAGAGCAGCAGAAGCAGAUCUUGGAAUAUGCGAGCCGGAUGGACGAGACCGACAAGAAAAAUGAGGAGACGUCUCGCAAGUUUAGCACCUUGCUGCAGGAACUGAACAAGUGCAAGACAGAGCUACAGUAUUGGCGAUCAAAGUCUCCGGCCAAUCCUACAUUAUGUGUUUCUUGUGGAAAAGUGAUGGCUCCUGUUGCUUCAGAAGACCUGAUGGCCCUCGCCAACCAGGGUGUCGUGCCAGAGGGGUUAGGCCUCGAGUUUGCAGCAGAAGCAGACGAAUGUAUUGAUUUUGUGCCAAUCGCAGGAACCAGUAACAGUGACAUGGCUUGGGCUAUUCAGCAACAGAUUUGGGAUUCCUCGAUUAAGAAAGAAGAAGAAAUUAUUGCUCCAGCAACAGUGACAUCAGUGAAAGAGGAGGAGUGGCCACAACCACCGUCAGCAGUGGCCACUCAGGUACCUGCCAAAGCAAAUGGUGUAGCUUCGAAGAGAAAAGCUAGUGAUGAAGUAUUACGUAGCUUUAAAGGAGUUGUUUCUGGAAGUGGUCCUUUCCAGGAGACAAAGAAACCGAGACGCAGUCACAAAAGUCGUAGCAAGCGCUCCAAAAUCUAAGAGUUAGCGUGUUUUUAAGGGUAAAACAUAUAUAUGAAUACCAAGAAAGAAGUGAAUAUAUUAAUAGGCAAGAUGUAUUGUUAUUAGAAUUAUUUUUUUUAACUUCUCACACAUAAAUUCGUUACGUAGCAUGUUGCAAUACCUUAUUAUUUAUUAACAUUUGCCAUAUUAGAAGUGGCUAAUUAUUGAAUUCCAUUUGGAUGUUAUUCACACAUGAUUUUAUAUGUACAGCAAAGAGGCAAGGCCUUAUAUCAGUACGUACUGCCACAAUGUGGUGUGUGGACGUUGCGUUCCUCACACCAUCUAAUCGCUGCAAAUCUUCGGAUCAUACGAGGGUUGGAUUGGUAAUCAGUUGUCCGUGAUGUUUACAUUAAAAUACCAAACGGUUUUAUCGUGAUUUCCGAUCGUUGCAAGCUGAAGAAUGCCUCACGAUGUAGAAGACGUCGCUGUACGAAAAUUUUACAAAUUUCUGACUCGCUUGAUGGUGUACCGCACAAAAUUCACACAGCGAUGUUUUAUUUAGAAAUUGAUACUGAAGCACGCAGAAAGUUUACAACUUUUUGUUGGUUACUCAGAGAAAAUUGUUUCAUUUUGUAUAAUUAGAAGCUUUUUUUUGAAAUUUUUAAUUGGAAGGGUGUAGCAUGCAGAAAAAUGUUUAUGAAAUUUGUGUAGUGGAAGGAUUUCUCUAUCAAAUUUUGAAGCAUGUAUUAUUAUUAUUACUAUUACUAUUAUUAUUAUUAUUAUUUGGUAAAUGGCAUAGAUGUGUACCAGAGAGCUUCUAUGUCCUUCUAUUUUGUAAGUAACUUAGACUUGCGUUUUCAUGCAUUGAUGUCUGUAAAUAAUAAAUAUGCCUUACAAACGUGUAACAUUUUAUGUUGUCGGAAAUGGCUUAGGAUUUGUUUGAGACACAGGGCAACUGAGCACUGGUUUGUUAGGCAAAAAGUCUGUUUUUGUUGCAUCAGACUCAUUGUUUGUGGUUGGGAAGAUGGCGGAUAGAAGCCCAUGAGCGUAAAGUACAAAGUCCUUAUUUGCUUUGAAACAUAACUUUUAUCCUCAAUCAUAUUUAUUUUCAUACUGUUUGGUGCCAGAGUCUUGAGUGAUUCGAAGGUAUAGGUGGGGGAGGGGGGGGAUGCAUUUAUUUGGCACAACGUUGAGAAAGCACGUAUCGAAACGUAAGUACAAUCUCGCAAAGUAUAAUGAGCUUUGCCUAAUGUAUUUGUAGGUGUUGUUUGUUGGCAAAUUGCAGUGAGUUACUGUCGAGUGUUACAGAAAGAAAAGAUUUGUUGUGACACUCGAAAAGAAUGUAAUUCAGGCUUACUUUGUAAGUUUAUGAACAUGAUAAAUGUCAUUUGGACUUGGACAUGUUGCACCUGUGAUAAAAGCUCAUGUGAUUGUAAGCAUCACAUUGAAUUUGCCACUUCAUUUUUUCAUUGAAACUUGACCACGAAAGUACAGUUUAGACACAAAUUAAAACCUACUGGAUGUGUCUUUCUUCAAACCUGACCUGUCCAAUAACACUUUUCAGCAUAUGAUUGUGAUUAGUUGUGCAGUGAGUACGACAGUAUGUACUGGUGGUAAAGACAGUGUCAGGUCUGCAGUUCUGAAGCAAGAAUUUAUAGUGGAAGCUUUCAUAAACAGUCGACUGCUACUUUCAAUUUUGGGUAUGAUUUGUAUGUGACUGUUCCAAAAUGUACAAAGGGUAUUCAGUGUGGAAAGGACAUUUCGGUACAGCGUUUGCUUCAGAGUAUGCUGAAGAUAAAUCAAAUGAGUAGGAUUUGAGGUUUUCACGGCGGUGUGUUCGAAGAUGGCUGUCUUCUAGGAUGUAGCAUCGUGUAUGCAAGAUUUGUCAAGCUGUUCUGUUGAAGUGUCUAAGAUGCUGAAAAUCAAAUCCUUUUUCAUGAUUUUGCAAUCUGUGAACAUAUGUGAAGAAACUUGUCUUGCUGGUUCAGUUACAUCACUGUAAAACAGAAAGUAAAAAAAAGAAUCUAACAUUGCAUUCUUCAUAUGUGCUUCAGUAUCAGAAUCACUAACAUGAUAAAUAUUUACAUUUUAAAAUGUUUUUGAAUAUGAAUAUGUUUAGGAUGUCUGUACCUAUCAUAUCUUUAUGUACCUAGCAAUUUCAGCAAAGUGUCAUGUUAUUUUAAUUUGUGAUUACCAUACAACAUUAACUAGCUGAGACUAUGUAUGGUUGAAUGUUUGGAAGAUUGGUGAAUUGGAAAUCAUAUGGAAGUGGUUGUGGCUUAAUUUAAGGUUCUCUCCUGUCAUCUUCCUGGAGAGACUGACAAACACCUGUCAGAAUAGUCAGUCUUCAGGUCAAAAUUUGAACCUGGGACCUCAGGUUAGUGGAUUGGUCUAUCUCUUCCAUGGUACCUUGAACAAAUGUCAAAGAAAUUUUUAUGCAAUUCGAAAGGUCUUUCACCUUCAUUUAGCAUCACAGCGAGCCUCAGCCAGUUCAGUCUAGUUCACUGCCAGUUUCUCUGAGAUCCAAUCAAAGUAUUCUCUCUUGUAAUGUGGCAAAUACUGUUCAGCAUCUAUGUUUAUUCCUGUGGUAGGUCCAGAAGUGAUGUCACUUUUGAGAGAUACCUAGUUCAGACUUUAGCCUGGAGGUGACUUGAGGUUUUCUUAGUCCCUUUAAAACAAACCAUAACUGCUUCCUUACACAUUCAUAAUUUGUAGUCGUCUUACCAUCCUACGCUACAUAACAUUUGCGGUUAAGAAAGUUUAAUUAAAUAAACCAAGAAAAAAUAAAUCAACAUACAGCGCAUGUAUUUUUGCAUGUGAUAACUUUUUGGUUAUAAGAUAUGGUCUCACAUUUCCAUGUGUUCACUUUCUUGUAUUGAAACCACUGACUGUAUGCAGUGUGUAACUAAAAGGUCUGGCAGUAAUGUAAUGGUGGAAGAGUUCCACGUCCCAGAACAAUGAUAUAACUACUUGUGGACAUAGAUCAAGAAAAUUGUCCUUCCUAAUUUACAGCCCGCCCCCUUCCGUUUCCAAAAUUUCUGUUGCCUCGUCGUAUGUUCAUUUGCUGCAGCCCACACGUGAUGUCAAAAUUGUGUUGAAAGUGUUCAGAAUGUCUUCUGUGGGCUUCUGGCAUCCAUAGCAUUGCCAUUUGCAUGCCCAUCAAAGAAAUUGGAAUCUCUCUUCUUUAUUGUAAUAAAUGAACAUUAAUCUUGAAGAAACACUCGCCAAAAAUUGAUGUUUUUAACACCAUUACAGCCAGACUGUUUAAAUGGUGCUUAUUGCAAGAUUUUUAACAUUGCCAUUUAAUACUAUUAUUAAAGUAAAUUAAAUUUAUUGGGCGGUCAUGGAAUUUGGAUGUUGCACACUAAGCCGUAAGUGGAACAGGUGCUGUUGAUACUAAUGUGUGUUGCCAAAAGUUUGACUGUCCUUCUUUUGCUCCAAUUUCAUAGAGUUGCUCAGAGUGCAGAAGGGAAGCAACGGAAUCUCGUAGUAAAUUUAAAAAGGGAAUAAGAGCUAGGCGUAACUGAGGAAGGAGAAUUCUCUAGACCUGUAUCUGUAUGAAGUGUUUUUCGUUGUUCUGCGUGUAGAACUCAGGCUUAUAUAUGUUGCAUUAUUCUUGAGGAUACAACCUGGGGGUGUUAUAGGAUGACUAGGACGUAGUAGAACUAUAUAUGAUUGUAAAUGUAGAAACCAUUAUUAUAAUUUUAUUUCUAAAAUGAUAUUCCCACAGUUUAAAUUUUGUAAUGCAUAAAUAUUUUAUGUAAAUGUUGUUGAUUGAAAGAUAAAAAUAUUAUGAACGCGAAUCGUGACUUUUGUAAAGGGAAACUAAGAGAAAAAGAAAGAGUGGGGAAGAGAAUUGUAUGUUUAAAACUAAAAGUGUCAAAAUAGUACAUGGAUAUAUUGAAAGAACUUGUCUAAUGUGUGUGAAUAGACCAAAAUAUCUAGAAGUGACCUUGAAAUAUGAUUGUAUUCAUGUGAUUUUUAUUCGUGUUGACAUGUUUUGAAUAACCUGUCUCCCCCUAAAGCCUGCCUCUAAACAUAUUGUGCAAUGUGAGAGCUUACUAAUUAAUUUUUCUGGUUACUUGUGUGACUGUCUGUGUGUGUAAGAAAAGACCAAACUGGAUAAUGAUUCUUUAUAUUUUGAAAUCUUAUUGUUAAACAGAUAAAUAUGUCCAAACGUGUGUCCUUGUUAAUUGGGUAACAAAGUGUAUGUGUGCAUGCUUGCUAGCAUGUGUAUGUGUUUGUAUGAGUGUGUGUGUGUGUAUAUAUCAUCUCUAAUAAAUUGAAUAGAAUAUAA